CCGUAUGAGGGAUCCGCGCUCGGUGCCCCGGGACCGGCGAUGGCUCCGCCGGGACAGGCGAUGGCCCCGCAGCCGCCCUGCUCCCUCCCUCCCGUGCCCGGGGACACCCUCCCAAGCGGGACCUGGCCGGGGGCUGAGCCGCGGCCGUGUCGCUUCUCGCCCUGUCAGAGCCCCCGGACCGCCCGCGCUGCCUCAUGGCCGGCAAGAAGCUGAUCGUGGUGUUCGGGGCGACCGGGGCUCAGGGUGGCAGCGUGGCCCGGGCGCUGCUGGACGAUGGGACCUUCAGGGUGCGGGCGGUGACGCGGAGCCCCAGGAAGAAGGCGGCGGAGGAGCUGAAGCGGAGGGGAGCCGAGGUGGUGAAGGCGGAUCAGGACGAUGAGCCAUCGUUGGAAAAGGCCUUGGCGGGUGCCUACGGAGCCUUCGUUGUCACCAACUUCUGGGAGCACUGCAGCAAAGAGAAGGAAAUCGAGCAGGUACCUGUGCUGGCAUUAACUGGGACCACACAUGGAAUGGUCGGGGAGCAGGGAUCGAGGGACAGCCGUGUGGCAUCGGGGUAA